AUGUCAAACAUCCUGUAUAACGCCAACUCCAAGCUUGUAUCAAAAUAUCAGAAGAAACUCCAGCAGGUAUCCGUGAUACAUGAAGUAGCACAUGAAGACGAGCCGUUCAAAUGCAAACAUCCAAAAGAUUCAAGACUAUAUUUAAUUGAGCUUUGUUGCCAUGUAUAUCCUGUGCAACUUUAUAGCACAAUUCAAGAUCUUCCCGAUUGGCAGCUUUCUGUACAUGCUCUAUUGGCGCUGUUACUUAAGAACUUCGUGAUAUCCUGGUAUGGAACUAAGAUACCAAGCAAAGAUAAUGAGUUUGUUGUACUCCUAUUUAAUGUCGUUGAGUCUGCUAUAAAACACCUUACAAACCAUAAGGUCAACUGCGUGCAGUUACUUUACAAUGACCUUCCUUAUAUUCUGGAUAUGCAUUGCACAAUUAUGUCCCGCGUAAUUGAUGAAGAUUUAAGUUAUGACCAGUUUUUGCAAUUAUAUCUUGAUGAUCAUCAGUAUCCAAGUAACAUUAUAAUAAAAUUAAUGACGCUUGUAGAGAACGAUUCUGAAUUGCAGAAAGCUUUUUUAGAGGGAUUGCUUGGCGACUUGUUACUUGACAAGAUUGUUGGUAAAGCUGUUGCACCAUAUCUAGUGAUCAAGGGUAUUACUUCAAUGUGUGACAAGCUUCUGCAUGUUGAUUUAUCAAAUACUGCUAAAGAAGCUGGAGAGACUAACUCUUGGAUUUCCAGGGCUGAACACAUGUUGCGCAGAAGUUCUCAUUUUAUCAGCUACUUAACAUCUGCGUUUUCAUUAAAAGGUAGAAAAACCACUAUGAAGGGAGUUUUAUGUGCACAUCUGUACUUGUUUACAUUUCUUAAAAAUAUUACAAAAUUACAAGGACGCAAGCCUGCUUUAUACAGCUCUAUGAAGCUUUUACAAUCAUUAGUAGAUAGAUGGAAACCCUUAAACCAUAUGCUAUCGAAUUUGAUUGGGAAUGUGUUGGAACAGAAAGUGCUGCGAAGAGAUAAUGUUCACGAUAUAUGCAAUUCAUUGAGGCACGCCCUCUUCCCUAACGAUAAUAAGAUGGGCGAGCAAAAACCAGAACCAUCUCCAGAGGAGUUAGUACAGCUAAAACUGCAAUGCAUUAAUUCCAUGUGGGAGGUAUGCCAGAGGUAUAGACUUGAGGGUAUAUUAGCGAUCAAGAAGACUGACAUGCAGGUUUUUGUAGAUGGCAUUUGUAAAGACGUCAAAAUGAAUCAAUUUUUGAUCUAUAGAAUAUUGUCGUAUCUUCUAACCCAGUUAGUUUAA